AUGUCCACUUCAUCGAAUCCUGCUAACACGACAGUCGCACAAUCCGUUUCCGAUAUUGUCCCGGUUGAUGAAUCAGUGUGCACCACUGAAACAACUAUGAACAAUGCCGUCAACGAGCGAUUGACUUUUAAAACACCUCGUGCUCCACUUCAUGUCUAUUCAUGUUUUGUUGUCAACAAAACUGCCCAACCAAUCGAAUGCACUCUUAAAUAUAAUGGGCGCCCAGGUGAAGACAAAUUUGAUGAAGUAGUUAAUGUCACUAUAUUUGGUGAUUCAGAGCACUAUUUUCCUCGACAAUUUUUUCAGCCUGAUCUACCCAAAUCGUAUUGCAAAUGGGUCAAAAUUAUAACACAUGUUCAAGUGAAGAAGGCGAAUGGCAAAAUAUUAGAAAUGAAUUACCCAUUCGAUAAUGUUCAUCACCCUAUUCGCAAUUGGGAAUUUCAUGUAACAGACGAUGGUGAUAUGCUUUCAAAACCACCAACACGUGUGGUCAAUAUACUGAAAUAUGAGAAUCUCGAUCAAUAUGAAUGCUAAGAACAUUGGUAGAAAAAGAACUAACCGUUUGUUACAUCCUUUGUGCCUGCUUAUUGCUCAUAAAAUAUAAUCUACUCUGUGUUUAAAAGUGACGUAAUAACAAAGAUUGAAAGAUGUUUUCUAGACUUUUUACUUCAGUGUGGAUGUAUUUUGCGAAAGAAUGAUUUUUCAAGCUCUGUACGACAUAUUUCAACUAUUGCUUACAUAGUCAUCAUCAUGUGAGCUCGAAAUCAAAUACUACAUUAAUAUAACUAAAUUUUUGUAUAUAGUAUACCUUAGUAUUAAAAGAAGAAUCUUUAUCCACUAAAAAGUAGUGUCAAACGAACCUUUUGAGGUUUCAUUGAACUUUGAUCAAUGAUAGAGACAGACACAAGUCAAAAAGCACCCGACUCGAUUCAACUCAACAUGUAUCUUCAGAAGGUCCCACUCGACUAGUCGAGCUCCGAUUCAAACAAUGACUUUUCAAAAUUAUAUUUUAUCUGAUAGCAAGAAUAAAUGACAGAAUUUUCUUUUUACUAUGCAGAUUCAUUUCAUGGCGUCCAUCUUUUUUUUGUGAUUUUUUUGUAAUAUUAUUUUGAAAGCUGACGAAAUAAGUGACAGAGUUAACAAACUUUACAAUAAUGAGUCAAAAGAAAAAAAAAGUUUAGACUAGAUUAACUGCUUGUUAUUCUCAAUGAAACGCAAGAAAAGCAAGUUAUUGACCAUUGAAGGAACAAGGUUUGUGACCCUUACCAUCACCAUCAAUACUGAUGAUUUAUUGGUCAAGUUCUUGAGGAUCUAUAUCUCGAUUAAAAUCAAAACAAUCAAAGACUUCAGAAAUUCUAUUCGUAACUAGAAAAUGAUUUUCUGAAGACUUUGAUUGUUUUGAUUUUAAUCGAGGUAUAGACCCUUAAGAACUUGAUCAAUCAUCAGUAUUAUAUGAAUACUAUUAGCGAUAACAAAAAUCAUCUUUUGCAUAUAUAUUAUAGAAGCAGGAUGAUAAAAAGAUGAAGCCUUCGGUUAGACUGGGUACCACUAUAUAAGUAAUAUACAAAUUUUGAAUUAUUUUGUAAUUUUAUUUGCAUCAUGAAUUCGAUCUGACUGAAAUAUUAGCUUGGCAAUGAAAUUCGAAAUGAAGAAUUGGUUAACCAAAAAUAAGAAUUAUCAUAUUAUAUUAAAACCGAUUGACUAUGAUUUACUUCGAAGAUUUAUUACAAAAAGUUGUUAGCGCAAUCCCUACGGGAUUAAAAAUGUGAAACACGAUAGAGCUGUUAUAUAGUUCGACGUUCAGCAGAUAGUUUGUAUGAAAGAUAUUAUCAUUUGAUUCUAUAGUAUAAACUUAUAGAAAUGAACAAAAGAAAUACUUCAUAUAUUAUGGAGUACUGUGUUUGUCAUUUCAAUGGUUUUUAUAAAGUUCAACAGUUCAAUUGCUUAAUAAAAAACAAACAAGAAGAUUAUUAUCGAAUAUAUUUUAAACAAUAUGACUUUUAAGUUAUAUUUUGUCCUACAUUUUCACAUAUACGAUAUCGUUAUUUUGAAAUGGAAUGAGAAAAAAAAUAAUGACAAGAAAGAUUGUGUAGUAUGUUUUAUUUAUUUUUAUGAUAUACACAAUGCUUCUACUGAAUACAAAGGACGGCGAACGUUUUACGUGCAUUUCGGCCCACCAAGAAAAUGAAGGCAGAUUUACCUCAAACUUUCAGCAAAUACUCAGCUAUAUACCAGUAGCCACUAUACAAAAUUUCAACUUGAUCCGUUGAACUUUUCCUUUACUUUCACCACAUCCUAAAUGUACAUAUAAAUACCACAUAGGGGUUACCUUGUGGACCCUUGCUCUCGACUAUAUGAUUCAGAACUGGAGUGAUUUUUCUAGUAUCACUAGAAAUAAGUGAGGACUACAAUAUUGCCAGGACAUGAGGUU